CCAAGUCGCUUUUUGCGGACGGCUCAGGAUAUGUGACAUGUGCCCAUUGCCAGUCCAAUACCAUACCACUUUUACAAAGUAUCGCAAGCAUAGCUCCAGCUAAAUCAAGCCGCGUUCGCGCCGUGCCCGGAAGUUUUUUUUUUUUGGGUGAUGAAUUGGACGGCAUGCGUCAGGAGGCGAUGAUUUCGGCAGCCGCGAAAUGACGUCGCGACUCCGGAUCACGUGAGCGACACCGUGGUCAGUGCGCGCCCCACCGGCUCUCAGCGCCCAGUGCAGCUCAGGAGGCGGACGAAUGCGGGUAGGACUUGGGAGCUCUCGUCAGUGCAAGCACUUCGCGGCCUGGAGCUGGAUCCUGCGCCGAGACACUCCUGCGUCUGACUGGCAUUCAUAAACCACCUAGAUACCACUGCCGCGGCCGACGCUCGGCUCCGGAGCAAUGGAUCUCGCCUACGCGUACAUCCCAGAGACCGCGUCAGCCCAAGAACCAAACGACUCUGCCGUGGCCCCCAAGCAAGACCGGGAGCAGCAGUCAUCAUCACUGGAGACUGACAUCCAAGAUGCCUACAAGGCCAUCUCGUCCAGCGCAUGGGGCAUGAAAAUUGGUGGCUUCUUCGGCAACGUCGUCAAACAGGUAGCUAGCUCUGGUGAUACGAGCUUUCCCCACGUCUGACGUGCACAGGGCGAGUCGGUUUAUACGCAGGCUCAGAAAGAGCUCGCCGAAGUAUCGGAAGAUGCGACCAAGGGUUUCACCGACUUGCGCGAAUCGAUUAUGAGCCGGACACGAGCGCUCUCCAUCAACACCUCGGCGCCAGGCGAAGCUCCCAAGGACGGCGAAGACAACCAGGCUACCCCGACCAAGACAAGGGCCGGCCCGUCCGAGGACGUCGCACAUGAAUCGGAGACCGUCCUCUCACGACUUAGGGCAGAGGCUGCCAAGCGAAUCAAAGAUCUUCAAAAGGCGGAGGACGCUGCCGAUGAAGCGCUUCUCCGGUUCGGCAGCAACGUCCGCGAUUUCCUCCGCGAUGCCAUCAGCGUUGCGCCGCCAGAUGAGUCUGAGCAAGGCAGCACCGUAUUGUUUGAGAGUCGCGAUGCGCAAGGCAAGCGCGUGAUCCACACGUCGCGCUUUGACGCGCAGCUUCAUGUGAUCCACACGGCAGUCGAAGGCUUUGCCAAGGAUCCAUCAGGCGCUGAAUACGAAGCGUUUGUGAAGGACUUUGAUAUCGAUAGCAAGACGGACGACAUCAGCACCGACCUGGCCAAGUAUCCUGAGUUGCGGACCACGAUGGAGAAGCUGGUACCGGACCAGGUUUCCUACCCCGACUUUUGGAAGAGAUAUUACUUCUUGCGUCAUGGCAUUGAAACGGCCGAGUCGCGACGGAGAGAUCUCCUCAAGGCGGCGGAAGCCGAGGAGGAUGUUGGAUGGGGCGAUUCCGACGACGAGACCGACCUCGGCAAGGACGCUCCCAUGAAACGAGCAAUAUCGGCCACCUCUUCCACUACCCUCCAGCCCAAGGCGGAGGGCCUGCUCAAGCCAGCCGAAUCACGAAAGUCGAACGACGAAAAGUCUCAAGCGGAUAGCGAAGCGAGUUACGACGUCGUUGGCGCUGCAUCAGGCAAGACGAGCCAGGCUCCAAAUAGUCCCAAGGAAGCCAGGAAGGACGAUGACAGCGAUGACGACUGGGAGUGAAUGCUGUCGUGGCGAGUAAUUUUGGGAGGCGCGUUUCACAUGGGUAGCUCGGCGUUUGGUUUACUUGCUCUGGCUGAACGAUGCCGCUUAACGGGAAGGAAGUGUCUGUGUCUUGGGGUUGGGUAUCAACAAGGGGCGGCGCCGUCAGCCCGCGAGGCGCACGCCCAGGAUCUAUUAUUUUGUACGCCAUCUA